AUGCGUGUUGAAUUGGCAGCCAUGGAACUAGGCCCGCUGUUCCUGCAUCCGUAUCUGGACUCGAUCGGACCAAAUUUCAGGGGAGGAGCGAAUUUUGCGAGUGGAGGAUCGACGAUCCGUCCGCAGAAUAAUAAGACUUUUACUCAUGGUGGUGCGAGCCCUUUCUUUCUUGACUUUCAGUUAUACCAAUUCACAGAGCUGAAGCAGAAACCCAAUCAGUCCAUCAAUGAAGGAUACUGGUUUGCAGGCAUGCUUCCGCGGAUGGAAGAUUUCGCCAAUGCUCUGUAUACAAUUGAUAUCGGACAGAACGAUUUGUCUCUCGCCUUUUCAACUAUGACGAAUGAUCAAGUCCGCGAUACCAUUCCAGAUAUUCUUGCCGGAUUAUCGCUCGUUGUAAAGGUAAAGUUGAAUCCCUUUGAAUACACAGUAACAUACCAAACAAAGACUGCCAAAAGUUUGGAUAGACACCGCAACGGCAAGUCACUCCACCAAGCUGAUAGGAUGUCACAAGUUCAAAACAUGCAAGGCUUUGUAGAUCCUUUCAAGAUAUGCUGCGGACAUGCAACCGUGGACCAUAUCGUAUAUUGCGGGCAUGAAAAGUUGGUGAACGGCACUAAAAUUCGAGGAACUUCAUGCAGUGACCCCUCGACUUAUAUCAGCUGGGACGGCGCCCACUACACCCACCGAGCCAACGAGCUCAUCGCCAGGCAGGUCAUCCAUGGCUCCUUAUCGGACCCUCAAAUUCCUCUUUUCAUUGGCCUGCAACCGGGUCCGCUAGAGUACAGUCAUCUGGUGCAUGUUUGA